ACUGUGACGAGGAUGAAGAGGAGGAGAAUAGCCCGGAGCUUGCUGUGAGCCGGAGACCUUGUCCCUAAAGCAGAGCAGCUCUGCUCCAGCGCCGUGCUCGGGUCAGUCCGUCCUGCCGCAGCCCCGGAGCACCCAUCCCGCUGCCUGCCCUUCCUCGGCAGCGAUGAUGCUCAAUUCGGACCAGACAGAGCUCGACCUGGCCCCGACACACUCCGAGUCCGAGUCCGUCUUCAGCGACUGCGGCGGCGUCCACACGGGCGGCACUGAGGACGCCGGCGCCGUCGGUCUGUGCGCUCCAUCCCGGAUGGAGCCGGGAGAAGCAGUGAAGAAGGACCUGCAGCACCUGAGCCGGGAGGAGCGCCGGCGCCGGCGCCGGGCCACGGCCAAGUACCGGACAGCCCACGCCACGCGGGAGCGCAUCCGCGUCGAAGCCUUCAACAUGGCCUUUGCGGAGCUGCGGAAGCUGCUGCCCACCCUCCCGCCGGACAAGAAGCUCUCCAAGAUCGAGAUCCUGCGCCUGGCCAUCUGCUACAUCUCCUACCUGAACCAUGUGCUGGAUGUCUGAGCCGCCCGGCCCGUGCUCACCCCGCCGGCUGCCGCAUCUCCGACCUGAACACGUGCUGGGCACCCGAGCCAAGGGCUCAAGUCCGUCUGUCCGUCUACGACCCGACCCACGCAUCAGGCAUCCAAAACGCUGUUGCCUGUGUCCACCCGUCUGUUCAAAUGGACCGCGUCCCCGGCUGUCUGCUCUACCCCCUCUCUGAACCAUGUCCUGUAUUUCCCCACCACCAAGCCCAAGUCCGUCUGUCUUUCCAUCCUGCUCGAGUCGGGCUGGCUCUUUGGUCCAUCACCAUCUGUCUGGCCUGCUGGAUCUGCUGCCUGAAGCCUGGGCUGGCCGUGUCUGCUUCCAGCUUCUGUCCGUCCUUCUGCCGCGCAUCCCACCCGUGCUGCCUGCUGGAUCCUGAGGCCGCCCGUCUGCCCGCCCCAUCUGCUCCCUGACCCACACACACAGGAGCCACUGAGCCCCAGCCUGUCUGCGUGGC